AUGUAUCAUAAAGUUUUAUGGUGUUACUUAUUUAUAUUGACUUUGUUGGAUAUAUCGUUAAACACUAAGCUGACAGCCCAGGGAGAGAGCCAUGGUGUUACAAUACAUGAAUCUCUAGUAGAGGGCAUCACAUUUCAGGAAUGGGGCAAAGAAUCUGGUGUAGAUGGUCUGGAUGGCAUCGAUGGUGGUACAGAAGAUAUAGAGGGUGUCUCUCUGGAGCCCCGGGCACUUAAAUUUGGGCGUUCUGCUCUUGCAGCCCCACACUCACGCACUGUAACGCUCACUAACACUGCCAACACCACAUUACAUCUUGCUUCAGUCGCUGGAACUACCCCAGAUUUCCAUGCCUCCUUCUUUGAGUCUAAGACGCUGCCCCCACAAGGCAACACGACAUUCAACGUGGUGUACCUCGGCCGGCGAGAAGGGCCCGUCUCUGCGCAUCUGUACAUACACACUUCGCUCGGCGUACAUAAGUAUCCUGUGUCGGCGGUGGGCGAGGCGAGCGAGUACGGGGUGUGGCCGCUGCUGGGGCUGCGCGUGCCGCUGAACGCGACGGUGGAGCCCGAGCUGCGCCUGCACAACCCCACGGCGCGCACGGUGCAGGUGCGCGAGGUGUACAGCUCGGGCGCGUGGCUGCGCCUGCGCCUGCCGGGCGGCGGCGCGCGCGCGCCGCGCGACGCCUGGGCCGUGCCGCCGCGCUCCGAGCGCGCGCUCGUGCUGCUGCGCGCGCUCCCGCACCAGCACGCCGCGCUCAACCAGCCGCUCAUCGCGUACGUCAGAAUAAAGGCCGACAUCCCGGGCGGCGGGCUGGUGGUGGCGGUGGAGGCGCGCUCGGUGCCGGCGGGCGAGCACGCGCGGCCGCUGCACGUGCGGCUGGGCGCGCGCGGCUCGCGCGACGCGCCCUACACGCUGGCGCUGGAGGCCGCCAACAGCGGCGCGGCGCCGGCGGCGCUGGCGGGCGGCGUGCGCGGCGCGGGCUGCUGGCGCGGCGCGCCGCCGCCGCAGCCCUGCGCCGCGCCGCCGCCCGCGCCCGGCCCGCGCCGGCAGAACGGCGCGGCGGCGGCGGGCGCCACGCUGGCGCUGGAGCGCACGUCGCUGGCGCCGCACCAGCCCUUCACGCGCGUCGCCACGCUCACGCUCAACUACACCGAGCUGUGGGCGCAGACGGCGGGCGCGGGGGAGGCGGGGGAGGCGUGGUGCGCGGGCUGCGCGCGCCUCGGCCGCGCGCACGUGCCCUUCAGCGUGCGCCUGCUGCCCGGCGCGCUCAGCUUCACGCCCGACCACUUGGAG